UUCAGUUACAACUUCAGCACAAACACACAACAGAAAAGGGAAGGCAAUGGAGAUGUCAGCCAAGCUCUGUGUUCUAAUGGUCUUACUGAUCUUCUCAGACUGUGCACGUAAAGCAGGUGUCAAAGGAGAUGUCACUCCCACUGUUUUCUCCAGUGCUGGGGGGCACAUAACCCUUCCCUGCAAUAAUGUGCUUGACGAAGGCUGUUUCUCAACUACAUGGAUCUACAACAGUGCUGGUCAUGAUGGAACUAUUGAAGAAGUUGGCCAUGGACAAGUCAAACAAGAUUCACCAACAAAUCGAUCAAAGAGACUUAUGGUGGAAUCUGACUGUUCUUUGAAUAUUACUGAUGUAACCACUGAGGAUGCUGGACUUUACACAUGUCAACAGUUCCCGAAAGAAGGUGGACAAAAAGAGGGAGGGGAUGCUCCAGUUUAUCUAGCAGUUCUUCAAAACUCAAAAUCCACCUCAGCAUUCCCAACCAUAUUAGUAGCAUCAACAUCAACUUGUGAAACCAUCACAGAUAGCACGACCACACCAUCGCUAAUCCUGAAAGAUCAUACAGUCUCCCUGAUUGUAGGGGCUCUUGUUGCCAGCCUCUUGUCAGCCAUAAUAGUGAUAGUGGUGAUCUGCAAAAAAAGAGCAAAUUCUGAAAGGAGGACACAAAACAAUGUUGAGGAUAAUAUCAGCGAGAUGAGAGUCAAUGAGUCUGAACAACCUCCAGCUAAUGACCAGAACACAGAACACUAUGCAUCUAUUAAACACCUCAACCAAGCACACACAAAGCAUGCCAGGAAGUCACCUGUAGACACUGUGAUCUACAGCACACUCAGGGAUGCAGUGGAGGCUAAACACACGUAAACGCCAUUAACACACCUCCUGAACUUCGGAAAUAGCGUUUACACACCUCUAAUCUGCAUUUAUCAACCUCUAAAUUGCAUUUAUCCACCUUUAAAUAGCAUACCAUUCUCAAACAAUACUAAAUUAAUGUUGUUUUACAAUUGUCUAUAGUUUUAUAUUGCUAGUUUCAUAUUGUUGAACUUGGCCUGUGCAACACAGUUUAUCCAUAUUGCACUGCAUUAUGGUGUCAGCGACCAGUCUUCUCGCGGCAGUCAGCAGGAAGCAUAAAAUAUUAGUCACACCGCAUGUCAUAUAAACGAGUUUGGAUAGUGAAUGGAUACACACCGAUUUCUGAAGCAUCAAGACAGCAUCUCUCUUAUUGAUUAUGCCAGAAACGGCCCUGAAUACAAGCCCAAAGUGAGUGAGAAACAGAAACAAUACAAGACUUUUUUUUAGGUUAAUUUGAUGCGCGGUAGAUCCAUGCCUCUGAGUCAACAAGGCACGACGUUGACAUUAUUAGGUUACUUCAGACGAAGUUGGAAGUCACCUCUACCUUUCCCCAUUAGCCUAGAUAACUGGUUGUUAUUUCAUGCAUUCUCUGGCUUUUAAGCCGCUAAAAGCUAUUCGCCUUAUUCACCCGGUGGCCAGAACGAGGCUAAAGGUGGUGGUAAUACACUCGGCCGUCAAAUUUGCCUAUAUUGCCAAUAUUUCACAUGCACAGGAAUUCUCACACACUCACCCUAGUCUUCUUAGGAAGUGUUUGGUGUAUGGAGUGAAAGUCUUAAGAGUCUUAGAGAGAAGUGAACAACAAUGAUGACAUCAACAACCAUCUGCAAAUCUGAUCCAACUGAGCUCUCUGUAAAAUGUAUUCUCUUGAUAUUGUAAGGUGAUUGGUUGGUUGAUUGAUUGAUUGAUUGAAAUUCUAUAUUGGAAAUCUGCCUUUGGUUCCCAUGUCUUCUUGCUGCUUCAUCUUGCUGUCAGGUUAAGCAGAGCCCCUGUUGUUCCUGCUUUUACCAGCAGAUGAUGCCACUGUCCAGUAUGUCACAGUGUAUUCAGGCUACCUCUGCAAAUAAGUGAUACUUAUGAUGAAAAAGGAAUAAGGAUAGUUAACAGACAAGACGUGUAGCACAUGAUCACCAGUUCACAUGCAAUAUGAUCUUUGGUAUUAUUAUGGUAUAAUGGUAGUUUAAUAACACAUCCUUGUUUUACAAUGAUUGAUUUAUUUUAACAGGGAAAACAUAACUUGUCAUCAUUAAAUUCGCUUUAAUAAUGGCAAAACAAGCUGAAGAUAAUGUAUUGUGGACUUUCAUACUCCUAACAUUGGUUUGUUAUGUCAUCAUAUCAUUAUAAAUGUUAUGAAAUUGGGGGGUUCCAACACAUCACUCCUUAUUUCUCUUCUAUUGUAUACAACUGAUACUGUCAUGAUUGCAGCAACAGGAUGCAAGUAACCAUGCCAACAAUCAGAGUGAAUCAACUCACUUUGUUUCUUAUAACUGCUCUUAUGAUGGUAAGAUGUGGUAAUAUGGUUUAAUCACUUACAGAAAACUCAGACACUAGAGCCAGCAGAUACCAUUGUAUUAAGCAUAUAUGCAUAAUGUAAGCAUAAUGAAUAAUGUAAAGAUUUUGUACAUGCACAUUCCACACAUACUUGCAUGUGAUUGAAUCACCACAAGGUGGGGUCAUAAGCUGCUGUGAUGAGAGUCUGACAUCUGUAUUGGAGGAAGGUCAGGAACACACAGACACACACACACACACAUACUAAAGUAGACUUUAUGACUUAAAAAGUAGACUCUAAGGUAAAAUACGACGUCAAAGCACAACGUCAAAGAAUGCAUCGGUAUUUUGACAUUCAAUGGCACAUUUGAAGGAGUCUGCUUGUGAGACCGUAUG